UUUUCCCCUAAAACGUUUCAGUAAAUUUAACCCGUGAUGUUCGCACUCGCAAGAAGGCAGCAGUUCAUUCUUGACUCUGUUUUUCUUUAGGUUGUGCUGUUGCGCACAUAUUUAACGGACGUGCGUCUGGUCGUUUUGGUCUUUACUAGUGGACAACAUGAAUCAUUCAUUUCGCUGAACGUCUAAAUGUCAAUCUAAAGGAGCCCGCAGGAGGUAAGGCGGAUUCCUCUGGUCACGCUCCCGCAAUUAUGGCGUCCGGAUAUGGGUACGAAUCGCGGACUAUAGGCAAAGAUGAUGUGAACUACAGGAUGCAUUUCCGUAUGAUCAACGAGCAGCAAGUGGAGGAUAUUACACUGGACUUUUUCUAUAAGCCGCACACAAUAACACUGUUAACAUGCACAGUGCUCAGCUUGAUGUAUUUUGCAUUUACAAGGGAUGAGACAAACGAAGACGCCAACUUGUGGGUGGGCCUCAUCCUGGUCCUCUCCUUCUUCCUGGUCAUCAGUGUUCUGGCCUUCCCUAACGGACCAUUUACCAGACCACAUCCGGCGAUAUGGCGAAUAGUUUUCGGUCUGAGUGUGCUGUACUUCCUGUUCCUGGUGUUCAUCAUCUUCCUAAACUGGGAGCAGGUGAAGAACGUCAUGUACUGGCUGGACCCCAACCUGCGCUACGCCACCCGGGAGGCUGACAUCAUGGAGUAUGCAGUGAACUGUCACGUGAUCACCUGGGAGCGAAUCCUGAGCCACUUUGACAUAUUUGCCUUCAGUCACUUCUGGGGCUGGGGCAUGAAGGCCCUGCUCAUCCGCAGCUACGGCCUCUGUUGGACCAUCAGCAUCACCUGGGAGCUCACUGAGCUGUUCUUCAUGCACCUGCUGCCUAACUUUGCUGAGUGCUGGUGGGACCAGCUGAUCCUGGACAUACUGUUGUGUAAUGGAGGAGGCAUCUGGAUGGGUAUGACUGUCUGUCGCUUCCUGGAGAUGAGGACCUACCACUGGGCCUCCAUCAAGGACAUCCACACCACGACAGGGAAGAUCAAACGUGCUGCGCUCCAGUUCACCCCGGCUAGCUGGACCUACGUCCGCUGGUUUGACCCCAAGUCUUCCCUGCAGCGCGUCACCGGGGUCUACCUCUUCAUGAUCAUCUGGCAGCUGACAGAGUUGAACACAUUCUUCCUGAAGCACAUAUUUGUGUUCCCGGCGUGCCACGCCCUCAGCUGGUGUCGGAUCCUCUUCAUCGGCAUCAUCACAGCUCCCACCGUGAGGCAGUACUAUGCCUACCUCACAGACACACAGUGUAAGCGUGUUGGGACACAGUGCUGGGUGUUUGGGGCCAUAGCGUUCCUGGAGGCCUUGGCGUGUAUAAAGUUUGGAAUGGAGCUGUUCUCCAAGACCCAGGUCCUCUAUGUGCUGCUGUGGCUGGUGUGUGUGGCCUUAAUCACAUUCCUGUGUCUGUAUUAG